GACAUUUUUCAGAACGGAAGUCGUCACUGAGGUCAAAAAUGUAAAAGUUCCUCAAAUCCUCUGUUUUUGUUCACAGUGUUUUAAACUGCAACAUAAUGGGUUGUUUUUUGAUGGCAAACUAAAAAAAACACAGUACUUGCACAUGACCUUACGGACGCUUGUCUGAAACUUGUUAGAGGGAAAACAUUUUUGAUGUGGACAACAAAAUGAUUGGAUGAAAUUGUUUUAUAAAUUAUGACAGGUAUAAGGGGACUAAUAGCUAAGGUAUUUGCAUCACAUUUCAGUACGAAUACUCAGGGAUCUCAUUCCCAGGUUUAUCUGCAUGUAACAAUGGACAACUGUGAGGCCGCAAAGAUGGGCCAGGUGGCUAGGUACCUGGAUGCAUUGUCUCGUAAAGAAACUUUGAAGACUCUUUUUGGAUGCUGCAUCGUGACUAUGAUGUUGCAUUACAUCAUAAAGUUCGAACAAAUACUGGAUCAUGGUGACUAUAGGAGCCUUGUUUUGCCAGUAGACGAAACCAACAUUGCCGAAUAUCCUCCGCUCCAUUUAACAGAGUUUGAGACAUUUCCAAUGGAAGGGGACGUUCGAAUUCCGAGAAUAAUUCACCAGACAUGGAAAGAUACGGAAAUACCUCGUAAAUUGAUCGGUUGGGUGAAGUCAUGGUUAGAAAAGAAUCCAGGUUACGAAUAUUGGUUAUGGACAGAUGCAAGCGCUAGAAAAUUGAUAGCUGAGCGGCAUCCAAAUCUACUUGAGACGUAUGACAAUUACCACGAAGGCAUAAGAAGAGCAGACGCACUCAGAUAUGUUGUAUUGUAUGAAUUUGGUGGCGUAUAUGCCGAUAUGGAUGUUGAGAGUUUACAAAAUUUAGAUCCGAUUCUUAGGAAAUAUGCUUGUUUUAUGCCACAGGAACCUUAUGAACACCCAAUUUUAUAUGGUAAUUUCGAGCACCUUGUUAUCAAUGCAGUUAUGGGUUGUCGAGCGAAACAUCCUUUAUUAAAAUCACUUAUUGACAAUUUACCAUAUUUUUCCCACAUGUGGGAUGUUUUAGAUAGUACAGGCCCACACUUCUUGACAAAUAUCUACAAGAAAUAUACCAGCUCAAAUUCUAUACCAGCAACGAAUGACGAUGGAGUAUAUUUAGCUCCUGCAGAAUAUUUCUUCCCGACGAUAGACCCAUCAAAACAUUUCUGGUUUCGAAUACAGUGUUCAAAGUUUGACAAGCUCACUAAGAUUCAAAAGAGAGCCUGUGUUAGUCUGAAGACAAAAGGCGGGAAAAGGAAACCGCUAAAUGUUUCAUUCACUGAUCAUCACUGGAUACAUACAUACUUAGAUUUUAGGGUCUCUUUAAAGGGCCCAGUUGACAUAUACAGCAUUGUCCCAUCUGCUAAAAUUUACGGCAAGUCACCCAAACGAAAAAAAAGGGGAAACAAAACACUAUAACAAAACACUAAUACUAUACUGUGUUUUGAUGAUGUUUUAUUAGUAUAGCAAAUGACAUGCAAAUGAGCUAACAAAAUACCAAUAAAACAUGAUAUGCAAAUUAGGUUUAUACAAAACACUAACAAAAUAUCUUAUGUUUUGUUAGUGUUUCAUUGUAUGUUUUGUUGGUGUUUCAUUAUACAAAACACUAACAAAAUAUCUAUGUUUUGUUAGUGUUUCAUUGUAUGUUUUGUUAGUGUUUCAUUGUAUGUGCUUAAGAAAACACUAACAAAACACUGCCAACAAAAUACUAACAAAACAUAUGAUAUGAAAAUACAAAUUUAAACAAAAUACAAACAAAAUACUC